AUGUCGCACGAAAGCAAAACCGUACAAUCAAAGGUGGAUUGCAUUUUGCAAGAUGUGGAGAAGCUUACAGACAUUGAAAAACUCUACCUCUAUCUCAAGCUGCCUUCUGGACCAAGCAGUGGCAAUGAGAAAAAUGAGCAGAGCUCCAUGUCAUCAAGUCGUACCCAGCAGUUGCACGCAUUUAGCUGGAUUCGCAACCACCUUGAAGAGCAUCCUGAAACAUCGCUGCCUAAACAAGAAGUCUACGACGAGUACAAGAGUCACUGUGAUAGCCUGGGGUAUCACGCUCUCAGUGCAGCAGACUUUGGAAAGAUCAUGAAGAACGUCUUUCCCAACAUGAAGGCACGUCGACUUGGCAUGCGAGGCAAAUCCAAAUAUCCUUCAGUGAAACUUUUUGUAACAAUCCCAUCCCCCUUCUUUCCAGCCCCCCAAAGCAGAAUAACACAGCAGCUACAAAGGAAGAUCCAGAAGAAGCAGCAAGAACAGAAACUGCAUUCUCCACUCCCUAGUGAAGCUCAGGCCAGGAGGGCAGAUGGGGGCAUAACUCAUGGGGUAGGGACAGGCAUACCCUGUGGAAGUCCUGCUCUUCUCUCGCCUCAACCUAUUGGGAUUGUGGUUGCAGCUGUUUCCAGCCCUAUCACGGUUCAGAGGAGCAGGCAGUUGUUGUCUCCUAGUCCUGUUCCCAUGGGAGCUACAGACAGCAAAGUUCAUCCUGUAAACUUUCAAGUAGUUACCCAGUCAGUGCAGCCUGUGAAGCAGUGCCCCAAGACACCUCAUAAUAUCUCGGCUAGUCCGAUAAGCGAUCGGUCAGCCCGUUAUCGGUAUGCCCAAAUCCUGCCCAAGCCAUCUGCCUCAAGUGGCAUAACCCUGCACUCACCAACAUUGCUUAUCACCAACAGCCCCAUCAAGACGGUAAUGUCAACUCCGCAUGUCAGUUCGGUCAAUGUAGUCAAGAUGACGACCAUAUCUCUGGGCUUGAAUAGCAGUGGGAUCAGCACACCUGCUGAUACACCUGCCAGCAACAAAGUCAGACCCGCAUCUGCUGGAGUUGCCAGCCUCAAUGACGAUCCACAGCCAGUUACGCGUGUUCGCAGUGGGUCUAUAGCUGCAAUGCCAUCUAUUUUGGCAAGGUCAGGGCGCUCAACAUCCACGAUCCCUGCCAUCAACACUAAAACAAAUACUGAACCCAUAAUUGGAAGUGGUCAAGAGCACGGUGGUACGAGUAGACUGGCAACCACUCUGGACACCUUUGGUGGUGUACAGUGGUCAGGGAUAUUCAAACCCAGAGUGGCUAGCGUACACACUCCUCUUGACAAGGGCUCUCUGGGAUUGGACACUUUAACAGGGACCAAAUGCAAUGAGAGGACACUCCUUAGUGUCAAUACUGCUGGCAGCAAUAAUACGUCCAACACUAAUGAAAGCACUUUGUACCAGAACACAAGUAGCACUCAGUCAAACAGUGGUAAUACGGUUUUGACAUCACCCAAAGAUGCAGUGUUGGCAUCCAAGAGCCCUCACAAAAGACCUGGCUUAUGCACUGAUUUGAGCCCAACACCUGUUAAAAAAGCCCACAUUUCUGUGCUACCAGCAGGUGGAUCCAAUGGACUGAAGUCGAAUGUAAUGGCGAAGCAAAUUCCAAGAUCAAGCACUCCUAUAAGGCCAGAAAGUGCACUUCUCACAGCCACAGGCAAAGCUACUGCAUGUCUGGUCAGGAAUACUGGCUUCCAGACAGUUCGCAGGCCUCAAAGCAUCUCCCAGGGAAGAUGGCAAGGAGCUUCAUCAGUAAGGGAUUAUAAAGUUUCUGUCACCUCUACAGCAAGUCAGGAUACUUCAGUGGGGAAUACCAUGUUUCAGACUGUUUGCAGACCUCGAAGCAUCUCCCAAGGGAGAUGGGAAGGAUCUUCAACAGGUGUCGAAGUUAGAGCUGUGGUCACCCGAACUGUUAGCGCUCCAGGUCAAGCUUUGCUACAACAAGUAACCAAAAACUCACAGGAUUUGCUUAUAGACCAGUCUGACUCUUCUGCAGCAUGUGAACCGAAGAGUGUAUUUUGGGAUAGUGAGCUGCAACAGGGUACUCAACAACAUCAGGAAGUUUAUGGCCCGCAAAUGGUGUCUGAGCCAAAACAAAUGUCCACCCCAGUGAUGGAGCCCCUUCCUGCAAUUGCUCAAGCCUCUCCUUCCAACCAGCAGGCUCAAAUGAGUGACUAUGGAACCCAGGCCAACCUUAGCUACUUUCCAUUUGAUGAUGACAUGACCCAGGAUAGCAUUGUUGAGGAACUUGUACAAAUGGAAGAGCAGAUGAAAAUUAACAAUAGCAUACAAAGUUUCAGCAACUGUGUGGAUAAUUCACUGCAAGGCCAGCAACAAACCAUGCAGACUACCAUGAUGUCUUCCCUCCAGACCAACACCAUGUAUUACAGCUCUGCUCAUAGCAGCAGCACCCCAAUCCAAACACCCACUCCUACACCUACUCCUACUUCUGAGAUGAUAGGAAGUGGUCACGGUAUGAUGCACGAAAGCCCCUGUUCACGCUUAGCCCCAACCACUCCGGUCGAUAGCGCUCUUGGAAGUAGUCGACAAACACCUAUUGGCACGCCACACUCCAACUGCAGCAGUAGUAUCCCACCAAGCCCUGUGGAAUGCAGGAACCCUUUUGCCUUUACUCCUAUUAACUCCAGCAUCAUUGGAUACCACGAUGGAAGUACCGUCUCCUCAAGCCCUGUAAAGCCUAUGCAAAGACCAAUGGCCACACAUCCAGAUAAGACUAAACUGGAAUGGAUGAACAGUGGGUACAGUAACAGUGGUGGGAACACCAACAAUGGCAUUAGCAUUCUGCCCACCUACCAAGACCUAGUAGAUGACCACUUUCGAAAGCCUCACGCUUUUGCCAUCCCGGGCCAGACCUGUCAGUCUCAAACCAGACAUCAUGACACUCAUAUCAGCCGCCUGACACCCAUUUCGCCCAUCCAACAGCAAGUAGCAAGCAUGGCUAGCCUCAACAAGAAAGAGGGUUUUGCUGUUCCAGCACCCCUUGACAACAGGGCCAGCUCAGGGUCUGGAACAUUUCGAUGCCGCAGCGUUAGCCCAGCAGUCAGGCAGCGCAACUUGAGCGGGACCCAAAAUCCCAAUGUUCCCCACUCUGUGGUCUCUCCUUUCAACUCACCUGUAACACCUGAAGUGCUAAACAUCUUCUCUAACAGUGACCCUGAUUCAAGCAUCAGCAGCAUGGCACAGAGGAGUCAGUCUGUUCCAGUCACAGUGAUGAUGCAGUCUGAGGUUCUACCCAUGCAAGCAGGCCAGCAGAUGAAUACCAAAAACAUCACCAAUGUCCUCAUCAACAAAAUGGAUGGCGAUGGAGAUGACUCUGUGCGUGGCAUCGGAAUCAACAACAUGCCAUCCAACUACACUGCCCGCAUGAAUCUUACCCAGAUUCUGGAGACCACCACAGUGCUCAGCUUUCCUGGUAGUGCCAGCCACCAUGCUCUGAUCUCGCCUUGUUCAUCAGCCUUUGAGUCCCAGAAGCCUGGUUACCUCAUGAAAAAUGCCAGAGAGGAGCCAAUGAGCUUCUCUGUAGAUGAAAGCCAAGCACAAUCAGCCUCAGGGGAACAUCAGCCGCCACAACAGCAGCAGCACUUAGGCAGACGGCAGCUCCUUGGGCAGGAACAGCAGAGUCAGGCAAUGCUGUUGCCUCUACAGCAAAACCUCCAACAACUUCAGCACCAGCAACCCUUGGAUUUAGACAGAACUGUUAAAGAUCUUUUACAUGAGGAAAGCUUGAAUGCUGGCUCACAGCUUGUGGGUCAAGGAUCAGAGCUCAGUGCUGGGAGUUCAGAGUUUCCCAGUGAUAUGCGACUAACCUCUGAGCUUACCGGUAGCAUAAAUGACUUAAAUACAUUGGACACCAACCUUCUUUUUGACCCCAGUCAACAGCAAGGACAAUAUGAAGACUCGACACUGGAAGAACUGAAGAACGACCCACUUUUUCAACAAAUAUGCAGCGAGACUGUGAAUUCUGCAGGCUUUGACUGGUUGGAGAGCAAAGACCAGGCAACAGUGGAAAUGUUGGGUUAAUUUGUGCUUUUGUGUUGUUUUGCUACUUGGAUGGGUUUCUAUGUAUGUAUUUUUGAUAUCUCAUCAACGUAUGUAUUCGUCUUGUCGUGCAGCACCUACUGCUAUAAGCCCCUGGAUGUCACAACACAGGUCCAUAUUGAAGUGCCAGGCUUAACAGAAAUUAUUGCCCUUUCAAGAUUGCUGGUUCUUUGUCUCAAUGGUUAGUGAGAAACAGGCUAAACUAGAAGUACUGUCACAUUUUUCCUGCUCUUUCUCACCAGUUUUGCAAGAAAACACGUCAGAGCUUUACAUAAGAAGUCAUCUGAGAAAUGUUUAUGCCUCUACACUGUUUUGUGCAUUCAGUGACACAACUUAUAUAUAACCCUUUGAACAUUUUGCAGUAAAAGGGCAUUGUAUGGAAUAUUGGAAAAUAACUUAUUUUUAACCCUUUAUCUUAAAGAAAAAUAUUUGUAUUUUGAGGUUACACCAGUUAUAUGAGGUACUGUACCUCAUCUAAUUAGCUUUUUCACUCU